AUGUGGCGAUAUGUGCUGCCCCUUUGGUUACUCUUGCUCAGCAGAGGGAAGCGAAUCACUCAAGUGCCUACAGCGUCUGCCACAAAUGACGAGGCUGCGGGUGGACAGGACAAGAAGUCUGGGCUAAAUGUAGGGGGAUUAGUAGGGGGACUUGUUGCUGGGGCUGCCGUUUUUCUUGUUGCCGUCCUUAUCGUUUGGCUUUGUAUUCGCCGAAGGGCAAAGAAUCGUUCAGCCAGCAGCGAGAAGCCACGGUCGGACCGCUCAGGGUUCUCUGGUAUCAUCUCCGAACCCAUUGUCCAACAAAACUCUUUUCGCACCGAUUUCCUCCGCGGCCAACCUUCGACACCGCCACGCAUAGAUCGUCAAUCCAUUCCGUGUAUAUCUGAGGAUCGAAUCACUCGCAGAUCCAUCCGAAAUCCUUUCAACUCCCCCAAUCCUUCGGAUGCGGGGACAAACUCCAGGAUCCCCUCUUUCUGCGAGGAUAGCCCUCCUCGGCAGGGGCAGGUGGGUGCACGCCUUGCGCCCAUCCGUACAAUGAAGGCAUCCAGCCAGUACCUCAAGCCUCAGCGAACCUCCAUUCACCGGCAGCCAAGUGGUGAAUGCAUCAAUGUGUUCGCGGAUUCAAACGCGGUUGAUGACCAGUUUAAUCGACAGACCACAUUCACAGAACUCAUGGACAGGGCGGACCUGAAAGGCGUUGGCCGCGACAAACCCUAUGUCCCCGGGACAACACCGAGAAUAUAG